UUUUUUUUUUUCUUGUCCCCUCUCUUUUCUUCAUCCUAAUUAAUAUUAAUUUUUUUUUUCUAUCUAUAUUUUUUUUCUUGCCAAUUGUUGUGGUUCUUUUUACCUGCCAUUACAUCAUUGGCUUCGGUUGGUCUAGGGAUCGGUUUCCAACACCGGCUUCUCCUGAAAUUCUCAUCAGCCUUUAUAUAGAGCCCCUCCCCGAGCGCCUCUCUGUUCAUGAUCCUUCAGAUCCAUGGUUCUAUAUUCAGAAGCUUCCUACCUACUACAAUCCAAUCUGCAAAUCUUUGCCACUCGACUUUGAUAUCUUUUGGAUCAUCGUCGACUACCUACACCGAUCUACCUCGCAAUUACCGGUCUUCCCAAUCUCGACGAAGACACAUCACCAACAGUAAACAAUGGCAUACACCAGACCCGACACUUUCACAUUACCGGAGGACGAACGGAUGUUCUUGAGUCAGCCAAGUCCACUUUCUCGUCCCCACGACUCGUUCUCCAAGGGUCCCGACCCAUUGACGGCCAACUGGAACUACGACAGCGCUAUUGAUCUGUUCUCCUUGAACACGAUGAUUCCCGAGACUUUUCCUUUGGAGAUGUCCAAUGACAUGAUGACUCUGGAUCCCAAGGAUUUUCCCACCGACUUCUUCGCCCCGCCUCCGGAUAUCAGUGGCUUCACCAUCUCCAACCACUCGGGCGAGGAUGCUGCCUCCUGCGGCUCCUUUUCUUCUGACCUCGAAAGUGACGAUCAGUCGUGGUCCCCCACUUGCCGUGUCUCUCCUCUGGACUCAAUGCCCAUGGAGUUGCCCAAGCCUGCGUCGAGAUCUGUGAAGAGUGCCACCCGCCGCAGGACUGCAACUGCAACCCAGCAGCAGAAGGCCCGUGACGAUAUGGUGAAGCGAUGGUCGUCCAGUCCGGAAAUUACACCGCAGGACUACCCCGCUGCCAGCGUGUCUCCUCUCCCCACCCCCUCAUCCCCGGCCACCGCUACCCGCAAAACGACACGCAGCAUGUCUGGGGACUCUAAUGCCAGCACAGGCCCGGCCAACACGGCAACGGGCCGCAAUGCCGCCAAGCGGGCCGCACACAACAUCAUUGAGAAGCGGUACCGGACCAACAUGAACGCCAAGUUCGUUGCCUUGGAGAAGGCCAUGAGCGGGGGCAUCCAGAAGCCGACCAAGGGUGGAUCAGCGUCGCUGAAGAAGUCCGAGAUUCUCACCAAUGCUAUUGCCUUUAUGCAGGAAUUGCAGGAGGAGAACAAGGCGCUCCAGAAGGAGCUGGCCAUGAUGAAACAGAACGUGGUCCCUAAUGGGAUGUGGCGACACAACAAGGGAGCCGAAGCCUUUCACGCCUAAUUCUUACCCUCUCACCGUCUCCCCCGUGAGGCUUUCUCUUCCUCUGCUAUGACCGUCACGAAUCUCUUGUAUAAUAUAUUAUGAUCCCUUUCUUUUGUGUUGAUAAUUAUUUUUGGUUAUCUUGGGUCUGAGACCCCUCUCCUGUCGUGGAUGGCGAACAUGGAACAACGGCUUGGUUU